AUGGGGGAAGUCAGAAAACUGCAGAAAAAGCUGAGACAGAUUGAAAAUUUGGAAAUUAAAAUCAGUCUAUCGCCAGAGGAGAGAUUCAAGAUCUCCAGGAAGGCGGAGCUGCGUUCCAGAUUGGCUGAGCUUCAGCUGCAGCUUUCAGGCCCGCAGCAAACUCCAGGGAGCGACAGAACUGGGAAAAAGGAGAAGAUGAAAAGACAAGUGGAGGAUGUCCCCGAGGCUGUUCCAUCACAAAUAUUUCCCGCCUCCAAGAUUCUGAAAGCAGAGGUUCAGUCUAAAGCAGAACAAAGUCCUGCUGCGAGGGCCCCACAGAAGGAGGCACGAGGCGCAGAGGCCACAGGACAGCGGAGUGAAGAGGAUGGAGCCAUGGCGAGUUCUACAGCCACUGACCAUCAAGAAGCUGAUUUUACAUCGCUCAAAGCAUCGUGGGAAAAGGCAAAGUUUCGCUUGAGGCUGCUGGACGGCCACAACGACAUUAUCACCUGUGUGGUUGCCGUUGACAAUCUUGUCAUUUCUGGAAGUCGAGACACCACUGUUAAGGUGUGGCACGUUCCCACGGCAACAGAGCAGAAGAACCUCGGCGGUCACACAGGGGGGGUCACCUGCCUCUGCGCCCCCCCUCCUGAGUACUGCAAGAGACUGGCUUGGUCCCUGUCUCUGCCCGACAAAGAGAGGUUUAUUUUAAGUGGCUCUGCAGAUUGUAAUGUGAAGAUCUGGGCACUUAGUAUUGGCCAGUCCGUUAAAUCUAUUUACACGUUCAAUGCUGUGACUGCGCUGUGCUUUGUGCCAGAGGGAGACGGCUACAUCGUUACUGGAUCAGAUGCUGGUAAAGUCCAGGCCUGGAGCUGGGCCACGUUUGAGAACUGCCAGUCGAUCAACGCGCACGAAGACACGGUCACCUCCAUCCAGUCUCAGGGUCCGCUGGUGUUCUCUGGCUCUGCGGAGGGAGGGGUGUGUGUGUGGGAGAACCGGUGCUCGGAGCGGGACCCCCUGAGGCGCCUGAAGCAAUGGAGUGGAGGUCUGACGGGCUGCAGGGCCGAGCCAGGGGGCAGACUGUCCCUCAGCCCCCGCGGAGACACUGUGUACCUGGCAUAUGGUCAGGCCUGGCUCAGGGUCCUGCACUGGAGAACAGGAGUGAUGUCCAAGAUGACCAAUCACAGCAGCGUCGCCGGGGUAACAGAUUGUGUGCACCAGACGGGAGGACUCCUAAUUGGCUCCUGCUACGAUGUGACGAACGGAGAGAGCACGCUGAACUGUCUGACCGGCUUCUUCCCCUGCCAGCGGAUCCAACUCACGACCAGGUGA